ACAAUAAAUUGCAAAUGCCCCGUGAUCAUCAUACGCUAUCGAAAUUCCCAUCUUCCCAUCCAAGUUUUCAAUUGAGCAGGGGCAGUGAUGUGGAGCCUAUGGCGAGCGGCGACCGGCACCGCCGAUGACUCGGACGACUACGGCGGCGUGGAGUUCUGGUCAAACCCUGAGCGCACGGGCUGGCUCACCAAACAAGGCGAGUACAUCAAGACCUGGCGUCGCCGCUGGUUCGUCCUCAAGCAAGGCAAGCUCUUCUGGUUCAAGGAAUCCACCAUCACCCGCGCCUCCAGGCCGCGUGGCGUUAUUCCAGUGGCCUCCUGCCUCACCGUCAAAGGCGCCGAGGACGUCCUCAACAAACAGUUCGCUUUCGAGCUCUCAACUCGCACUGAGACCAUGUACUUCAUCGCCGAUUCCGAGAAGGAGAAGGAGGAUUGGAUCAACUCCAUCGGGCGAUCAAUUGUUCAGCACUCCCGCUCCGUCACCGAUUCCGAGAUCGUCGACUACGAUAGCAAGCGAUGAAGAUUGAUCUGUCCGUGUUUUGUAAAAAUAGGUGCGCUUUUUCAACGACUUUUGUCUGUGUGUAUAAAUCAAUUCGGAUCGUUUCGUGUUUGAUCCUUGUAUGACUGCUCCGUUACACAAUGAUCCGAUCUUUAUUAUAUGGAAUUUCUUUUUUUCUUUUUUUAGAUUGAAUUCAAGUCUAUCUUGUUUCGGUUGUUA